AUGGAGCGUAUCAGAGCGUUCUUAAAACGACCAAGUGCUGCUCGAGUUCAAAGACGAAAAGCGUUCGCAUCUCAAAUCCACCGUCGAUUGUCAAGUUUAAUAGCAGCGCUCUUUGCUGUUGGCUUCACAUGGAUGAUCGUCAUCCCCCACCCAUCACUUUCGCAACGGACGUAUAUAGACGAGAACGCGUUACAACCAGGACAGGUCAAUCCUUAUUGGAAUUGGGUCGAUGUUCAUAGAGCAGAUCAAUAUCUCUACCAGCUGGAAGCUCUACGUGACGCAAACUCUACGAGUGAGGAAAGAGCCGGGUUUUUCCAAUCAGAGUUCAGGAAACUUGGACUUGUUUCGUCAACACAGAAUUAUGAGAUUUCCACCAGCUCUGUACCAAUGAUACGUGGAAGCAAUGCUUAUGCUAUAUUAUCAUCACCUCGAGCAUCGGGAACUGAAGCUUUGCUCAUCAGCGCUUCGUGGAUAAGCAGACAAGGGGAGGGCGAUGGCACUUUAAAUCUUCGAGGCAUUGCUACUGUCCUCUCGCUUGCAGGAUUUUUGAAAGGCUACUCGCUUUGGGCAAAGGACAUCAUAUUUGUCAUUAGCGAUGGUCACCUCGAAGGGAUGCAUGCUUGGCUUAGCGCCUACCAUGGCGUUGUCCAGUCAAACCUUAAAACUGAUAGCUUACAAUAUUCGUCUGGUGUAAUAUGGACGGCACUAAACAUCGAUUAUCCUGGCCACUCAUUCUCUAGGAUCGGCAUAUUCCAUGAGGGUCUAAAUGGUCGUCUCCCAAAUCAAGAUUUUCUUAAUUGUUUACAAGUCAUAGGUCAUGUAACGGGUGGUGUCCCGGUGUCUGUUUACGACUACAUGGACAGCAGUCAAAUCGCACACCGCCCAAAUGACCUGGACGAUAUACUUGCUUGGAUACCCGCAUUUCUCAGAGAGAAUUAUGACGUCCGAGAAUAUGUCUACCGCGCGCGAAACGUAGCUCGCUUUGUGAGCUAUCAAGCCCGAGGAAAAGCCAGUGGCUUGCAUGGAUUACUACAUCAAUUUCGUAUCGAUGCGAUCACUAUAUUCGCUGUUCCUGCGUCUGGUCCUCAUGGUUUCCAUGCUCUUGGAAGAAUAAUCGAGUCUUCGUUGAGGACUAUGAACAAUUUGCUGGAACGACUUCACGCAUCGUUCUUCUUCUACAUCUUAACAAGUUCAACUACUUUCAUGAAGAUUGGCAUGUUUCUUCCAAGUACGGUCAUAGUAAGCGUAGCCAUGAUCUUUCGUGGACUGGGCGAGUGGGUAGAUGCGGGAUGGGUUCUGGUUGUCGACCCAUCUACUGACUCCUCAAAAGUUGAUCCUAUCAUCACUUCACCGCCAGAAAACUGGGUCUCAAGGCGACGUCCAGUGUUGCCUGCUCUGGCACUAAUGACUUUCACGCACUUUAUUGGCAUUCUUCUGUUCUUUUCGAUAACGAACCCGCUAUUUUUCGAAAAUCAGAAAGUAUAUGGCCCUCUUGUUUUUGCCAUAGCAUGUUUGCUCCCUCUUAUUACCCCUCAUAUUUCUCCUUCCACGGCAAAUAAUGCUGCCAUGCUAACAAGCGUUCUCAAGGCGCUCAACCUCUGCUUCGCAUCGACGGUAAUAUCUAUUACCUGCGUCCUUAAUUUUUCCCUCGCCACAAUGGUUGCUGUUCUGUUGGGUAUUCCGCUGAUCAUUGCUGCACCAUCCUCAACCGUAGCUACUGGCUGCUUGAAGUAUGCCGCCUACUGUCUUCUUGCACUGGGAUGGGUGUUGGUAGCUCCUAUAACGCGAGAUGCUAUCUGGAACUGGGAGGUGCUAGGAGUUUGGUUUGCACCGUUUAUGUGUAUUGUUUUCGCGCCAUUGGUAUUACAAGCGGGCGUAAUAUCUCUUUACCGACCGUUAGAAUAG